ACUUUGAAGGGUGUAGCUUUAUUGCAAAUGUUCGAGAAAGUGCUCAACAAUACAACGGAAUUGUUAAUUUGCAAAAGCAACUUGUCUCUAGUAUCCUGAAACAAGAAAAUCAACAUAUUAAUAGUGUGGAUGACGGAAUUACUGUGAUUCAACAAAAAUUCCGUGCAAAAAAAGUUCUUAUUGUUCUUGAUGAUGUGGAUCGGGAGGAUCAGGUAAAGUCUUUAGUUGGGGACCUAGAAUGGUUUGGUGUUGGAAGUAAGAUUAUUAUCACAAGUAGAGAUGAGCAAAUGUCAUGUGUUCACGAAGCAACUAAGAUUUAUAAGCCCAAAGUAAUGGAUCCAAAUGAUUCUCUUCAACUUUUUAGCCAUCAUGCAUUUAGAAGGGACCAACCUCCAGAAGAUUAUUUGGAUCUCUCAAAUGCUAUGGUACAAACUACUGGAGGACUUCCCUUGGCUCUUCAAGUUAUAGGUUCAUCUUUAUUCAAAAAGAAAAAAUCAAUAUGGGAAAGCAUGCUAAAGAAGUUGCAAAAAGUACCCGAUAAUGAUGUUAUGAAAAGUUUGAAAAUAAGUUAUGAUGCAUUAGAUGAUGAGGAGCAACAAAUGUUUCUUGAUACUGCUUGUUUUUCCAUCGGAAUGGAUAAAGAUAUUGCAUGUCACAUAUGGGAUGGGUGUGGUUUUGCUUCUCAAGUAGGAUUUGAUGCUCUUUGUGUAAAGUCAUUGGUAACGAUUAAUGAAAAAAAUGAGUUAAGAAUGCACGAUCAGCUUCGGGAUCUUGGAAGGGAAAUUGUUCGUCAAGAGAACAAAGAUGAUCCAGGAAAGCGUUCUCGAUUAUGGUUUCAAGAGGAAGUCUUGGAUGUAAUCAAUUCAAAGAGGGGAACAAGUAAUGUUAAAGGACUCAUUAUUGGCUUCAGUCCUAUGUCAGUGAGCCAAUGUUUGAUGAGUGAAGGAUUCUCUGCAAUGACAGGACUAAGAUUACUGCAAGUCAAUUAUACACAUACUUCUGGGAACUUCAAUUCUUUUUCAGAACUGAGAUGGCUUAGUUUGAGAGGAUGCUCUGACCAAUAUGAACUAACAAAUUUUUGUCCACAAAAACUGGUUGUUCUUGAUCUAUCACAUAGUAAAAUAACCAAUAACUGGAUGGGCUGGAACUGCAUCAAGAAGGCAACAAAUCUAAAAGUUCUAAAUCUCUCGUUUUGUCGUCAGCUAUCUAGUACUCCUGACUUUUCAGCAAAUCAACUCUUGGAGAUAUUGAUUCUUGAUGGCUGUAGAAAUUUGGAGGAGAUUGAUCCAUCCAUUUGUCUCACAAACUUGGUCAUAUUAGAUAUGGGUCAUUGCUGGAAAGUAAAGGGUCUCCCAAGUGAAAUUUCACAGUUGACUUCUCUCCAAAAACUCAAUUUAAAACUUUGCAUAGAACUAGUGGAGCUGCCAGAGAAAUUGGACCGCAUGAUAUCCUUGACAGAACUUGAUUUAAGUCAUUGCAAUAGUCUAUUGAAUCUCCCAAGUGAAAUUUGUCAGUUGACUUCUCUUAAAAGACUCAGUUUAGGUGGAUGCUCAAGUUUAAGUUUAAGUUUGACCAGCCUUGAUUUUAGUAGCUGCAGCACUUCAAGUUUGACCGAGCUUAAUGUUAGAGGGUGCACCUCAAUUCUAUACAUCUCAGGUCUUCCCUCAAGUUUGAUUGAACUAGAUGCUGGCUUUUGUCGGUCAAUGGAAAAACUAUCAAGUACAUCAGGAGGCUUGAUUAAUUUAAAGAGAUUAUGUCUUUAUAACUGCAAUUACCUAGAAGAAAUUGAAGGUGUUGAUGAGAAAUUGGACUCCCUGGAGGACUUGAACAUUAAACUUUGCUAUUUAUUAAAAAAAUUGCCAAAAUUGGUAGGGUCUAAAAAUCUAACGUCUUUAAGCUUCUGUCAGAACCACAGCAUAUCCGAUUUUGAAGGUGAGGGUAUGUACUCUUUGGAGAAGUUGCAUAUAUGGAACUGCAAAGAAUUAAGAAAAAUACCAUAUCUGCGAGAUUCGAAAAGGCUGAAGAUACUAGAAACUUGUGAUUGUCCGGAGUUAUCUGAGAUUGAGGGCCUUGAGAAUUAUGAAUCUUUACAAAGAUUAUCAAUUGUUAUGGCCACAUCAUUAAAAAAAUUACCGGAGGAUAUCUCAGCCGGCCUGAAAAACCUGAGCUAUCUUAGGAUCAGUUGGUGCUUCUCGAUGGAAAGAUUACCUGAUCUUUCAAACUUCAAAGAGUUGAGGGAAUUACAUAUUGGAUUUUGCGGAGAUUGCCAAGAUUGCGAAGAUUGCUUUAACUUUAAAAACUUAAACUCUCUAAAGAUUAAAGACUUAAAGAAUCUAACUGAGGUUCAUGGUGUUGACGGGUUGGAAUUCUUGGAGGAAUUGGAUAUUAUUGGGUGUGAGUCCUUGGAGAGAUUACCGGAUCUGUCAAACUUGAAAAACUUGAGGGUGCUAUCAACAAAUGGCUGCAAGAUGCUAACUAAGAUUCAAGUUGGUAAUGGGUUGGAAUUUUUAAGAUACUUGGAUGUUAGUAGGUGUAUAUCCUUGCAGAGAUUACCGGAUCUGUCAAACUUUAAAAAGUUGAGGCAUCUAAAUACUAAAGGCUGCAAGAACCUAACUGAGAUUCAAGCAGGUAAUGGGUUGGCAUCGCUGCUAUCGUUGGAUGUUAGGGGGUGUAUAUCCUUGGAAAAACUACCAGAUCUGACAGAGUCGAAGGAAUUGUGGAUGCUAAAUGGUGAAUACUGCAGACAACCUUACUGAUAUUGCUCGAGUAGCACUCUUGAAUGACCUGGACCUGUCGACAUCGGAUAGUGAAUCUGAAUGAAUAAAAUUCAUAUCACAUAACAAAUUCAUUCAAGACUUUCUUAUUUCAGUAGCCUCACUCUGCUGUUUUGAUUUGGAAAAGGACAAGGAGAGACCAAUCAAUGCAAAGCUGUUGGGUGAGUUCACCCUCCUUCCGAUUGGCUGCUUAAGUGGUAAGUGUCCUUCCCAAAAGACACCUCAUGCAAAUUAGUCCAAGGUGUAGCUUGCAACUCAAUCAAAGUGAUAUCCAUGUUAUGGAAUUUUUUCUGAGCCCUCUCGAGAUUUAAAUGUCAAUCUAGAUUCAGUCUAUAUAUUUUUCCUUCUAUGCUUGUGCAGGUUCUUCAAGAAAAUUCCUAUUUAUAUAUUCAUCUGAUGCUCUAGCUCCUUGAACGGUUUUCAUAUUAUGGCAUUGAUAGAAUUAUACUAGUUGUUUAGACAGGAAUAAAUGUUUUCACUUCCCAUUAUUUACAUCCAUAGUUAUUGAUAAAUUGCCAUUGUUAGGUACUGUAUUCACAAUGACAUGGUUCAUGUGCAUUCAGAUUUAUCACCUAUACUACUGGAAAGGUCAUCCCCUUUAAUGGGAUGUUCGGAGGUGGAAAUAGCUACAUUGAGACAUAGAUGUUAAACCACCUCAAAAAGAAACCCUUUGUAAACACUGAGUGAUAUGGCAAUGCAUGUGGAGAUCUUCACACAAGUAAUGGGAGAUGAUACUCAUGCCGAGUCCGCAUGGCAAGAGUUGGAGUACGUCCAAAGGAUUU